GCCAUGCUAAUUACAUCAGCAUGAUGCCUUUAUGAACAGUUGCAAUUAAAGCGCGACUGAGAUACUUGUUUAGCUGUUAUUUGACAUGAAACUCAUUCACGGACUACGAAUUUGAACUUUGAUAUGGAAUUCAUGCCUGGAAUAUUCAUUGUCUGCGCGGCAACAUUGAAAACUGAUGACCGCUUCUCUUGUGUGUUACCGGCUUUAUUUUUUAUUUGUAUAAUUUCUUACAUACCUUUGUCUUCGGGAGUUAGUGUUAAACGUUGUUGUGGAAAUGGAUCUUGCGAUUAUCGAAUUGGAACGCCCUUUACGGACUACGAAUAGUAUAGGAAUGUCGGACUUGACGCUUAUAUUUACAUCAUUGUACACACGUGUAGGUCUGUACAUCAUUGUAAACACAGGUGUUACCCUUCAGAAUGAGGCUGCCAGUCGCUUCCGGUUAUGGAUGGGAUUUAUUGGAGGGUUUGAGAAUCAAGUGCCUAACCUGCUUGAAAUCGGCUCUGGGUUUGAGAAGAUGCUGCGGAGGAUGUACGAGUUAGGGUUGGCUCAGCAUGCAGCGGUCAUGGUGGCCGGCCAUGGAUACGGAGGUGCUACUUUGUCGGAUUACGUAGACUUGAAUCCCGACAUGUUUAAAGCCCUCAUCCUCUUUUCACACGCACCCCCUCGUUACCAGAAAAUGACGGACUUCACUGUUCCUACCCUCUUCAUGUCAGGUGAUCUCGACGGAGUGAUGACCAUAUUUACGGCGGCACAGUUAUUUCAACGAGUUGUACAACAAUCCGAGUUUGCCCCUGACCUGCUAUAUGACACGCCUGUGGUCACGCUUGAGGGGGUCAACCACACACACUACUUCUCUGGCAAGAUCCCAGAUAACUUCACGUACACCGACAUAGAAGGGGACAUCAGCUAUCCUGCAGCUUGGGGAAACAUCAGUCGUUACGUUGUGGCCUUUAUGAUAACCCAGGCGCAAGCGCCGGCAGCGGAAGUCCCAGCCGCCAAGGCCUUACUCCAGGCCGCCUUUUCCGAUAAUCAGGACCGUAUGGGGAAAAUCUGGGCAGUCCAGGAGAUGGAUCAGAAUGAUGACGGUCACUCCCCGUGGGUGGAGGAGUCACAGGUGAACUUUGUCGGUCUUCAGGGCAAAGAUCAAAGCAGAUUACGGGUAAGCAGUGACGUAGUGAGCGAGGUAGAACUACCCCCCGUCAAGCCUAAGGCCGCCCUUAACGGUAGCGUCCUCAUGGUAGAGACGUACGUUGAGGUGAGCCCACCCCGAGGUUUGGAUAAAGUCAACGCCAGCUUCACGCCCACUCAGCUGCAGGCUAAGAUGAAGAGUAAAGACGCUGUUCUGGCCAUGCUACCCAACGUUACGGCCCAAACUAAGAACCUAACAUGUGAAAACCUCAAUAUGAUGUGUUUCCAGACAGCUAAGUCCAUGGCGUCUGAUAUAGCACAAAGGAGGUUCAUCGCCAGGGGCCGCAAACUUCAAACGGAGCCCGAUAUCGAGGCUCGUACGGGGGUGCAGUGGCUUACCAAACAACUCCUUCUCAACUACACACCAUCUGGCCUCAACGUGACGUCAUACUCUCUUCUUACCCCAACAAACUUCUUCAUCCGGGCCUUUGCCGGCAUGCACUACUGCAAACUACUAGCGCCAUCAAGGGCACUGGAGUGGAUAUAUGUCGAUUCGCUGAGAGGCACAAAACCCACUGAACAGGUGUAAGGACAGAUCUGGCUGUAGUCAGGCCUAGUAACCGCUCCAUGUACACGCUCAACGGCAACGUAAAUGAUGUCACAAAGUCAGCGCUACUCAACUGUUUUCAUUAUAUUUUUAGACUAAUUGAUGUUCCAUUAAAAGUACUGAAGGUCGGAUUGAAUUCGAUGAACUUAUCAGAUCACAUCUAAGUAAUGUGACGUCACACCACUUUCUUCAUAAAAUAUUCUUGCCUACAUUGUAAAACUUGUUUAUCUGUAUGAGAUCAUUGAUAAUGAACUACGUUGCGAUCGUUCUAGUGAGUGUGAAUGGAUUUUAACCCCUUCAAAUGUGAAAAAUUCUGGCCAAAUUUGCAAAUUCUUGGUCAAAAACCGGACUUAGAAAAUGUGUUUUUGUGAACUUUCUUGGUAAGAAAAAAGGUGAAAGAAAAAACACAUCUCAAGAAGGGCUUUUUAUAGGGCGAUUCCAGUUGGUGCUCAGUUUUGACCUAUCCACCUAAACGAACUGACGGGCCGUCAACCAAUGAAAUCGCACAUUUGAAUUCAGAUCUCUCUGUUUUGAAUGUGGCUUUAAGUUAGGAUUUGUUUUGUAACCUGGUGAAGGCUACUUUAGGCAUCCGGUUUCUUUCAUCAUCAAUGGCCUAAACCAAUAUGAAUGAAAAGCUCUUAAUCUUAAUUUUCUUCAGCCGAAGUCCAAAUUGUGUAUGUCCGUGUAACCUUCUGAUUGGUAAUAUGAGAUUACUGACACACUGA